GCUCAACCUCUGAAAAAAUAUAUACACAAGUAUAGGUCUAUAAGAGAUGUAUAAACCGGUAAAAACACUGAAACAUGUUUUAUUUGCAAAAUCACAGAUACGAAUGUUUAUUCGUCCAUCAUAUAGACGAGAUCAAGAUAUUGUCAAGGAACUUUAUUUGCGUGAAUUGAAAAAUUGCAAGCCAUUUACGACCAAACCAGAUGAUUCAGAAGGUCAGGUAAAGGCCUGGAUGCUCCCUAAAGCACCGGAAAUUCCUGAAAUAGAUUUGGAUAUUGAGGCAGAAUUGAAAGCGUAUGAAAAAGAAACAGAAAUGGAGUCACCAGCUUUAUUAGAGACUAAAGAUCCUUUGGAUGAGUUAUUUGAAAAAGAAGAAGAAAAUAAGGGCCAUUAAUUAUAUAUUUUUUAGUAUAUAUAUAUAAAAAAGGUCAGAUGUUAAU